AGUCCCAUCGAAUACUCAUUACCAGUUUACUUCCCGAUGAGCUACCAAAUCGUUACCACCGUGUUCGUCCUUGUAAUCUGUACUAUUGGCAUCGUUGGAAAUAUCAUGGUAGUUCUGGUGGUGACUCGUAUCAAAUCCAUGAGGAGCCCGACCAACUGUUACCUGGUCAGCCUGGCAGUGGCGGACCUCAUAGUACUGGUCACGGCAGGGAUACCGAACAUCCCCGACAGCUUCUACAUCGAGUUCGCCUGGCUCUACGGAUACUCGGGUUGUCUCAUCAUCACCUACCUACAGUACCUCGGCAUCAACACAUCAUCAAUGUCCAUCCUGGCCUUCACGGUUGAACGUUACAUCGCCAUCUGCCACCCGCUGUACGCCCAGACCAUGUGCACGGUUUCCCGGGCUAAGAAGAUCAUCGCUGGAGUCUGGGUCCUCACCCUCGCCUAUGAUUCCAUGUGGUUCUUCCUCAUGGGUACAGAACAAAAGGUGUACAACAACGGAACUGAGGUACUUUUUUGCAACUACAACAUGGAAAGAAGCAAAUAUUUGACAGUGUAUUUCUUGGAUCUGUCCCUGUUCUACCUGUUGCCGCUCAUCGUGGCAGCCGUGCUGUACAUCCGCAUCGGGCGGGUGCUGUACUCGGAGGACAUCGCUGAAGCCGGAAACAUCGAGAUCGCCAACAGGGGACAAACACAUGUACGCCACAUGCAGGCUCGCAGGAUCAACUCACGGAAACAGGUGGGUAGUCACUAUAGGAGUGAAGAAGGAGGGAAGAAAUGAAGGGAGGGGUGGAGGAAGGAAAGUGUGUUGCAUUUAUACGAUCAUCUUGAGAAAUAUAUCAUUCCUAUGAUGUGUAAUGAUCUAAUGCUGUUUACCAUCUAAAAAGAGUAGCGCCAGUGUUUGUGAGAUAAAGUAACUUCCAGAUUGCUUCUGUGUAACAUGCAUGUUAUCGAGCUAUGCAGAGUGACCCUUUAUCUACUCAUGAUCAAGCGUUAACGUGUAUCUUUUGAGCUGCAACACUUCAAGGACAAAUCAAUAACUUGGAAAACAGAGGCCAAUGUUGCUAUCUUUUCCAAUCCGCGAUCACUCAGUUGUUUUCAACUUGGAAACCUUGACAACUCCGUCACUUUAUUAACUUCGCACGAGCGCGCGCGCGCGCGCGUGUGUGUGCGUGCGUGUUGAUUUCAGUAGAGAUUCUACAGAAAAAGGUAACAUUAUGCUUUUACAUAUACCGUUGAAUUUUCUAAUUUCCUUCCAAGCCAUUUUUCAAGUAGUCAACUCUGACACGGCAUGUUGUUCUCGUGUUUCUUAUUGUCCAUCUUCAUGCACACCGCCAGACUGAAUGAGAGUCUGACACUUUACCACGAACAUGCAGAUGACAGCAGUGACUUCUCCUACAUUUUAGCACUUUAUGUAAUACAUAGUGUACAGCAGACUUCAUCCUCCCAACCUGAGUUAGUGCCGAUGUCUAACUAGUAAUUUUUUUCUUGAAUUGACUGUAAUAAAGUCUAGUGCAGACGUGACGUUUUGCCAAUGCAGGAAAUUGAAUCUGUAGACGUGCGAGUUGUCCAUUACAAAAAUUGGGUUGGCGGUUCAAAUCAUAACCCUCGCAGUACCCCACUUUAUUAUCCCUCUUUAGUCGUGAGUUACAUACCGAAUUCCAACAGGAGUUGAUCAUUGGCUAGCUAGAAUUGACCAAAAUUUCGACACACGAGAAACUUGUUACCAAACUUUUUCUCACUGAUGCUCACUAACGUCCAACCAUGGAUCUGCUGUCACUGCCCGUGAACUUAACAUCUGAUGAAGAAUUACUUUUUAAACAUGGACUAUUUACUGGCCAUGACUUUGCUUGACGCACCUAGCGAUGCCACGUCGAGUAGUUGUGUAGUAAAUUUGGGCAUUUACCAUUAAUGCCACGCCUUUCGUUCCACGGAAAUUUACUGAUAUGAAGACCUGGUAUCUCUUA